AUGACCCUGCACACGGUCCUGAGACCCUCAGAACACAAGCCCAUCCACAGCAGCCAAGUGGAGUUGACAUUAGUGGAGACUGGGACGGUGUUGCUCGAGAGUGAGCAGUUCCUGACGGAGCUGACCAGGCUCUUCCAGAAGUGCAGCGGGUUCAUCACCCUGAAGAAGUAUGAUGGUCGCACCAAACCUACUCCACGGAAGAGUUCUGUGGAGGGCUCCGAGCCUACAGAAAACAAGUAUCUGUUGAGAGCCACAGAUGGGAAAAGGAAAAUCAGCACUGUGGUGAGUUCCAAAGAAGUGAGUAAGUUUCAGAUGGCCUAUUCAAACCUACUGAGAGCUAAUAGGGAUGGGCUGAAGAAGAGGGACAAGAAGAACAAGAGUAAGAAGACCAAGUCAGCACAGUGACAGCCGUGGCCAUUAGCAACAGCUGAAGGGCAGUUUCCUGUGCUUGCUGCUUUUGGUGCCCUCUGAUGUAACUGUUUUCAUGGAAGGGUCAGUCGUCAAGAGAGAAGGGUUGGCCGAUCAUAGGGUAGUUGUGGUAAGAAGCCUGUUUGUCUUAGAUCUUCCCCGUAUGGCUGCAUAUUCUUAGAUUCCAGCCUUAAAGAGUCUAGUCAUCUCUGAAGAG